AGAAGAGCGGAGCUGACACCCUGAGCAGCUGAGGGAGCGGUUCUGAAGUCAAAGCUCUGCUCCACAGAAGACAGUUAGCAGACACCAUGGAACCACCCUCAGCCCCUCCUUGCAGAGUGAGCGUCCCCUGGCAGGGGCUCCUGCUCUCAGUCUCACUUUUAACCUUCUGGAACCUGCCCACCACUGCCCAACUCACCAUUGAAUCAGUGCCAGCCAAUGCUGUAGAAGGCAGUGAUGUUCUUCUACUUGCCCACAAUUUGCCAGAGAACCUUCAAGGUUAUUACUGGUACAAAGGGGAAAGUGCCAUGGACAACCAGCAAAUUGCACUGUAUGUGAUAGCCACUCAAGAAACUAGGCCAGGGUCUGUGUACAGCGGUAGAGAGAAGAUAUACCCCAAUGGAUCCCUGCUGUUCCAGAAUGUCACCCAAAAUGACACGGGAUUCUACACCCUACAAACCUUAAAUAUAAGUCUUCAUAAAGAACUUGCAUCUGUGCAGCUCCACGUGUACGCGGAGUUACCCAAACCCUUCAUCACAAGCAACAACUCCAGCCCCUUGGAGGGUGAGGACUCUGUAGCAUUAAUGUGUGAGCCUGAGACUCAGGACACAACCUACCUGUGGUGGAUAAAUGGUCACAGCCUUCUAGAGAGUGACAGGCUGAAGCUGUCUGAGAGCAACAGGACGCUCACUUUACUCAAUGUCACAAGGAAUGACACAGGACCUUUCGAGUGUGGAACCUGGAAUCCAGUGAGUGCCAAUCGAAGUGACCCUGUCACCCUGAAUGUUCUCUAUGGCCCGGACUCCCCCAUCAUAUCCCCCUCAGACUCAUAUUUCGGUGCAGGGACCAACCUCAACCUCUCCUGCCAAGCGGCCUCUAACCCAACAGCACAAUAUUCUUGGCUUUUCAAUGAGUGGCCCCAGUCAUCCACACAAGAGCUCUUUAUCCCCAACAUCACUACAAAUAAUAGCGGAUCCUACACCUGCCUCGUCCACAACUCUGCCACUGGCGUCAAUAGGACCACAGUCAAGAACAUUACAGUCCUUGAGUUGGUGACAAAGCCUUCCAUCAACACCACCACCAACACCACAGUCACAGAGCAGGGAUCCGUGGUCCUGAUCUGUGUGUCAUAUGACACUGGAAUCUCCAUUCGGUGGAUCUUCAAUAACCAGAGUCUGCGGCUCACGGAGAGGAUGACACUGUCCGAGGGCAACAGCACCCUCAGCAUAGACCCUGUCAGGAGAGAGGACGAUGGGGAGUACCAGUGUGAGGUCUACAACAUGGUCAGUUCCAGAAGGAGUGACUCCAUCAGGCUGGCUGUGAUCUAUGACCCAACAACAGCAAGUUCUGGCCUCUCAGCUGGGGCCAUUGCUGGCAUUGUGGUUGGAGUUGUGGCCGGGGUGGCUCUGAUAGUGGCCCUGGCACAUUUCCUGUUUUUCAGGAAAACUAGCGGGGCAAGCAACCAGCGCGAUCUCACAGAGCACAAACCCUCAGCCUCCAACCACAGUCUGGGCACUUCUGACAACUCUCCUAACAAGGUGGAUGAAGUUUCAUAUUCUUCCCUGAUCUUCAAUACCCGGGAACCCAAACAACCAAUUCCAGCCUUGUCAGUCUCAACAGCUGCAGAAACAGUUUAUUUAGAAGUGAAAAGGAAAUAAUGCAACCUGCCCUGCUUGCUGCAUUAUGGUGUAUUCGAAGUCUCUCAUCCCCACCCCUACUGGGAGAUAAUCUUUACCCUCAGAGGAAAGGUGAAGGAGAUCCGCCACCCUCCACCUGCCCAAUGGGACACCUCCAGGCUGCAGCCCUUCCCUUCAAUGUCAAUAUAUAAAAAGGUGCAUUCGGAGUAACGGAGCUGACUUUUGGACAGUUACCAGAAGCUACCUGCUCUCCCUCUCUCCCAACCUAGACUGGUUUUGAAUUUACCUAUUCAGGGCAUACUCAUUCCUUACCUCCCUCCCAUGUCCUAUCAAAGUCUAUAACUUGAGCUGGGCACCGCUGGCUCACACCUGUAAUCCUAGCUACUCAGGAGGCAGAGAUUAGGAAGUAUUUGCCCUGGGCAAAUACUUCUGGAGACCCUAAUUUGAA